AUGGCUAAUGUAUCCUUCAUGGAUCUGGGGGUUUUGCUUUUAAUUGGACUAAUGGCUGCAUUUGCAAAGGGUUCUUCACCUCUCAGUAAAGAAGAAAACCAGGUGAGCGGGAUUGAGGCGACUCAAACAGAUGGACUGCCCAGGCGCUCCGCCAUGGACUUGGGCGGCUCGCCUACACCCCCAAUCGGCGAGGAUUCUGAGUGUUCGGCGUGCGAGAUGUCAAAGCCGCGGAGGAGAUCCAAGCGCUGCACGUGCUAUACUUACAAAGAUAAGGAAUGCGUGUAUUAUUGUCAUCUGGACAUCAUCUGGAUCAACACACCUGAACGCACAGUCCCCUACGGAAUGUCCAGUUACAGAGGCUCACAGCGUGUGCGGCGCUCGGUCCAAGGUGGGGCCGAUGGCCAGAGGAGGCAGGCAGAGUCUCAGCGCUGUGCAUGCACAGUCUGGAAUGACCUUGAGUGCAGCCGCUUCUGCAUGGCAAGGCCACGUGCUCCAUGACCAUGUGGGACAGAGCAAAAGGGAGGACCACACCCCUCCUCCACAGCACCAC